GACGUCACUUUACUUUGGAAGAGCUGAGCGAGAAGACGUGAAAAGGCAUUGCUCAUUUUCCCGGAUUAACUUAGUAAAAGCAUCAUGUCGGAGAGUAGUCCCAAGAAACGUGCAAUUUCCUCCCUCGACCAGCUUAAAAACAUGACUGUCGUGGUCGCUGACACUGGAGAUUUUGCCGCCAUGGCAAAAUUCAAACCAACAGAUGCCACAACCAACCCCUCCUUGAUUUUGGCUGCUGCCAACAUGGAGUCCUACCAGGGACUGAUUACAGAGGCCAUUGAAUAUGCUAAAGGUGUAGGAGGAUCAAUUGAAGAGCAGGUCACAAAUGCCAUGGAUAAAGUCUAUGUGAACUUUGGAUGUGAAAUCCUAAAAAUUAUCCCUGGUAGGGUUUCAACAGAAGUUGAUGCAAGGUUAUCUUUUGAUAAAGAGGGCUCCAUAGCACGAGCCAAAAAGCUGAUAGAUCUAUACAAAAAGGCUGGAAUCUCCAAAGAAAGGAUUCUUAUUAAACUGUCAUCAACCUGGGAGGGGGUAGAAGCUGCAAGGGUCUUGGAGAGUGAAUAUGGAAUCCAUUGUAAUAUGACCUUACUUUUCAAUUUUUAUCAGGCAGUGGCUUGUGCAGAAGCUAAGGUGACACUUAUUUCUCCUUUUGUGGGUAGAAUUUUUGAUUGGUUUGUUAAGAACACAGACCAAAAGUCUUACAGUAUGUUAGAAGAUCCAGGUGUUAAAAGUGUGACAAAGAUAUACAAUUACUAUAAGAAGUAUGGCUACAACACAGUAGUAAUGGGUGCUUCCUUCAGAAAUACAGACCAGAUUCUGGGGCUGGCAGGAUGUGAUCUCCUUACCAUAUCGCCUUCAUUGCUGGAUAAAUUACAACAAUCAACAGAAGAAGUUAAACCAUAUCUGUCAAAGAAACAAGCUCAGAACUUGGACAUUGAGGAGGUCACAGUGGAUGAAAAUAAAUUCAGGUGGGAAAUGAACGAGGAUGCCAUGGCAACAGAGAAGCUUGCCGAGGGAAUCAGAAAGUUCGGUGCAGAUGCCAUUAAACUGGAAAACAUGCUGAAGGAAAAGUUACUUCAGUGAAAAACAUAUUAUCUCAAAACACAUAGAGGAUUCUAUUUUGCUAUUAUAAUGUUGUUAGGAAUUAUCGAAUCUGGUGAUAUUUUGAUUUACAGGUACAUAGACUGCAACUUACAGUGUUCUAUUAUUUAUCAUACCAAUUUUUGUUUUAUUUUGAUUUGUGUAGAAUAAUUUAAACAAUAUUUUAUAAUUAUGAAUGAAAAAAAAGAUUGGACUGCAAGCACUGCCUGUAUAAAGUCCUCUCCAAAGUUCAUGGUCAAAGUUGUAUUUGUGCUAGUCAAAUUAUUUAGUUAAGGAACAUAGAUUUUUUUUAUAUAAGAAAUUAACAAUAACAAGAUAGAAGAA